AUGGCAGGAAAUAUUGUUAAAUGGUGGAAACAUAAGAUACUCGGCGGCUACAAACAAUUUACAGUACUACAAGAAUGCGCCACAGACUCAGAGGAACUAAUUUAUCCUGGGCGAGCUCCGUCAGCUUGCAGUGCACCACCGGAUCUACUGCUAACUAGUGAUCGUGAGCAAAUGCUUAAAGUGAAGUCCUCCUCGAGCACUGGUGCUGCCACUGGUCAGACUAAAACGUCCGCACAUCAUCAUCAUCAUCAUGGACACCAUCAACAAUCACCCUCUGCAAAUGGACAUAAUCAUUCGAACGCAUCCCAGCAACAACAGCCACAGCAUCAUCACAAAUCACAAAAAGAUGCCUUCCGGAAGAACGCAUCUGGGAAAAUGGGUGGUGGUGGUGUAGCGGCCGGUGCCUCAGGUGGAGGAACUACGAAUACAUUAAAUACCACUGCCGCAACCAUUCGGAGUGAUCCAGAUCGAGUUCGAUUGGAGGAGUUUACAUGCGAUGUGUCGCUGGAAGAUGGUAAGAAGCCACAACCACUACAAUUUUCCUUCACUCUCUACGAUCUGGAUGGUCAUGGCAAAAUAACCAAAGAUGACAUUGCGGGAAUAGUGUCGACAAUAUAUGAAUCUAUAGGCAAAUCGGUAGUAGUUCCUCACUAUGGUAGCAAAACAAUUAAUGUUCGUCUGACCGUGUCUCCGGACGGCAAAACGGCCACCACAAAACCAGCGUCGGCUGUUGUGAAGAAAGCCAUAGUCACGCCCCGAAGGCGAUACCGCUCGCGGAAGCUUAUCUCCGAUGAUGAUGGCAGCGACACGUCGGAAAAUUGUCCCAGGCUGCUUCGCAAUCGAACGGCAGCCGCCACCGCAACUGCCGUAAACCAUGGUGAGAUGACAAAUGUAAACCAGACCGUUCUGUCGAACCAACAGCAGCAGCAACAUCAUCAUCAUCACCAUCACGCGAACGGAAAUUCUGGAAAGUUGAAAGAAUCGAAUCUGACAAAGGCAACCAACCUAGCGGGCGAUUGCCAAGUGAAUCGCUCAGUAGGGCUAAGCAAUAGCGCUGAAAAUACACCCGCUGUCGGUCAGCUUCUCGUGGAAGCAUACCAUAACAAUUUUACUGCGGUGACAUCCGUAGCAGCAGGUAUAGGAUCGGGGAAAACCAUCCUCAACAAUGCUUCAAAUGCAAACAAGAGCAAAACAAAUGAGAAUAUUUAUGAAAGUAUUAGCAAUCUAAAGUGCUGUAAUAUUCAGCAGCAGCAACAAUCCCAUGCAUCCCAUAAUACAAGCAUUCAGACAACAGUUUCCUCGGUUCCAGUAUCAACCGCAUUGAAUCAAUCGACUGCAUCGACGGCGGCACUCAUUUGUCGUGAUUGUAUUGAUGGUCCAGCAACAACGCUGCUUUCAACGUUGCCUACAUUGGAUGCGGUCGUAAUUCCAACGCCGCCCGCAAUAGUGGCUGGACGUGCCAAGCGGAAGCUUGUUCGAAAGACGCGGUCAUCUCGUAAAACUGCCGUCGCGGCGAAGAUGAUGGCGGAAGACUUUCAGAGGCGCCCGAGGGCUCGUAGUUUAUCAGUGGGGAAUGAAAAUUGCUACGAAAAUGUAAUAGGCCGUAUGGCGGCCGCUCAAGAAGAGUGCUGGAAGAGCUCAUUGUGCCGGAGGGAACUGAUCGAGAUCAUACGCGAAAGUAUGGUGAAGAAUAGUCUCUGUUUUCAACCAAAUCGGAAAGCGAUAGAAAGUUCACCGAAACAUCGCCACCGUUCGCACACGAUUGCUUCCCGCGUUGGGGAUCAGGUGUUCUUCAACUAUCACCAUCCGACGGCAGCUGCACUAAUGGCGGCAAAUAAUGGCGCUACUGUUGCAGCUGAACUCGGUGGAGCACAAGCCGCCACCACCAGCACAACGACGACGGCACUAUUUGCGAUUGCUGGGCACGAGACAAACCUUUGCGGGUAUGAUUCGUACCUCCAUAAAACAAUCUGCGCUGCGGCAAAUGGUGGAGGGGCAAGUGCGGCAAGCAUGCAGUUAGCAGCAGCGCAUACGACCGCGGCUAUUAACGGAGGUGUUCCUGCACUUGCCACCAGCACACCAAACCGAUUGUUACAGCAUCAUUUCCACCAUUCAAAAUUAAAGAGGAAGGAACAUCAUCGUUUAGCAACAGCUGUCGGUGCAGUUCGAUCUACACCACACCCUACGCCCGUCAAGCUUAGCACGGCCCUACUCAACCAGCAGUACCCGAAUCUCUCGGCCGAGCAGAAGCUAACGCGAUCGAUCAAUCAGGUUGAACAGUGGCUCGAUCAUCGUAGUCCCAAGAUCCUUCCAAAGGUCAAACUUACGGACGAGGCACAACCCCAACGCACGGUCAUCGGUCGACCGUUGAGGCGUUCCAAGAGCAAGGAAGAACUGAUGCCGAGCAACCUUUUGUUGCUUGAAAAUCUGAAAAUCAGUGAAGACAUUGCGGAAAUAGCGGUCGUAACGCCAAAAAAGGUGUUUAACAAAGAAUCGCUGAUUGCUUCCGCGACUAAGAAGAAUAUUAAAACACACCAUCAACAUAGCUCAUCAAGACAACCGACCUCACCGGGUGUUGAAAUGGGCGCUGAGAAAUCUGCUCCAAGUGCGACGUCAACUAAACAAUCCAUCCCUAAUGGAGACGCUCAACUGGUCCAGCUCCAGUACGGUUCUGUACCGGUCAAUGCUGAGCCGAGUGAAUGUGAAAAUCUUAUCCGUAUGUCCGAUGACGGUGAAGACGAGUCCCAACCGCACCCAGCCACGGCCACAGCAAAACACCAUUUUCGUCAUCAGCAUCAGCAAUCACGCUCACAGCCACAAUCUCCACAGCACCAUCAGCAUCACCAUCAGCAACAUUCGCAGGAACCACGGUACUAUGGCAGCGGUGGUGCACAUUCCGUCUCAUCUGCAUCGGCCGCCUCGACAACGGCCGUCCACCGAUACGUGCAUGAGCACAUCCACCAUCACUAUCACCAUUUCGAAAAUGAUCCUGAUGAAUCUUGA